AUGGCUACUUCCUCCCGGGUCUCAUUGGCAUCUAACCUCAGCCCCGAUCCUCCAAAAACAUGGACCUCAGCUCGAAAGCGAAUAUCUACUCGAAGCGACAGGACACCGGAGACAUUCCCUCAGAAGAAGCGUCCUGGAGCUUGUCCUCGCACUGUUGCCACCCUGCGAACUAGUAGACAGCCGGUGAACGCAGGGCAGCGAUGCCCAAUCUGCCUCGAGGACUACUUCGACACACCACUCGGCGGCUCCCAGGUCAUUUCCGUCAAACUAUUCCCAUUUCAUCCUGACUCUUGUGAUCUCUGCGCGUACUGGGAGAGGGCACAUAUCGACGAGCCGCUUCUGCUCACGGUCCGCGCUCGAGAGAUGACGAGAAGCAUCCAUGAUGCUCUAAUAGAAUUAGCGGAGGAUGACGACUUCUUCAAGCUAUCUAAAUCAGCCAAAAGCAAGCUACUCAACCACGUCCAACAGACGCUGACCAAGUUCGAAUGGCAAUACCACCCGGCUGUUGAUCUCGCAGAAUUCCUGGAUCCGUUCCUCCUCGCUGUCGACACCGCCUCUGCGUACGCUUUCUAUGGCCUGGAACUUAAAACCCCAGCACCAGACGCUGCACGCUUCCCGCCUCGUGAGUACGACCUAGGUGACUGCUCGUCCGGGCAGGAACCUUGGAUCGCAGGUUUCUUCCGACAAUGGGCCCUUGAGUAUGAACAGGAGAAUGGGGAGGCCAGAGAAGGUUGGGGUGAGUGGGCCAAAAAGCGAGAGCGGGGUUCGGAAUGGAGCUGGGAUUGGCCAUACAAGCGCAUCGUGGGGCACAAAGUCGAGAAUGGAAAGGUGCUGUACCGCAUCAAGUGGGUAGGUAAGAGGUUUGGUGAAUCAUAUGUUGGACGCGCGGAACUAGGCAAUGCGAAGGUUUGGAGAGUUUAUGAUCGGGUGAAUGGUGUGAAGCAGGGAGGGGACGCUGGCCAAAGGACGAAAAGGAGGAAGACGCGCUAGUUUGUUGGUGGAGCGGAGAAGCAGGUGUUAAACCAACGGCAGCAUCGCGGAUGGAACGUCCGAUGGGCUCUACGCACGCAUUGUGAAGGAAGCAUGAUGUAGGUAGGAGGAAUAAGAGUGGACUGAUAAUGUUAGUGAGAUACCC